CACCAACUUCCGAAGUCAAAAGCACCAACUCCAGUCGACUUCCUCGCGCUGCUGGUUCCAAAAUAUAUGCAUUCAAAAAGUUCGUUCAAGUGUAUAAAUUUAGUAAAAACUUCAACUUUAAUUACUAAAUUUAGGUUUAAUUUAUAAUAAAAAUGUAAUAACAUUUUGAGCAAUUGUAGAAUGUUUUGCAUGUUUUGCUACAACUCUUUAAAUUCACGGUAGGAAAUUGUCCUAUAAGGAGUUAGGAUUUCUACCAAAUGUCGUAAAUACUUCCCUCGCGACAGAGAUGCGUCGAAGCUACACGCUGCGAUUUCUAUUUCUAACUGCGACGUGUGCCGUAAUCAUAGUUGGUUUACAUUUUUACAUGUACAUCUACAAUAAGCGGAGCAGUCAGGACAAUAGUGGUCAAAUUAUCGUGGACAAACAUCAGCCUAGCAGUUUCAGAUUGUUCGAGGAACGCUUUAGCAAAACGGACCAAGUAUCAUCCCAAGAAGGGCAGGAGGCGGAGUGGAAACAUGAUCCACGAGGCAACUUGAAGCACAAGAUUGUGCACCUGGACCUCAAAGGGAUGCCUCUCACGGUCAAAGCGUUUGAGAGUCUGUUCCCAUUGCUGGCAAAGACUGGAGCUACCGGGGUUCUCAUGGAGUACGAAGAUAUGUUCCCGUAUGAAGGAAAACUCGAGUUAAUUUCAAAUAAGGAAGCCUACAGCCGAGAUGAUAUUACAAGAAUUUUAGAACUGGCAGAGUCAAGCAAUUUGAAGGUAAUUCCUUUGAUUCAAACAUUUGGCCAUUUGGAGUUUGUGCUCAAAUUGUCGGAAUUUGAAAAAUUGCGUGAAGUUCCCAAGUACAUGCAAGUAAUUUGUCCAACGAAUAACGACUCCGUCAUUGUACUCAAGGACAUGGUAGAUCAAGUUAUGGCCCUACAUCCAAAAAUUGAAUAUUUUCACAUCGGAUCGGAUGAAGUCUAUCACAUUGGUCAGUGUCCUUUGUGCACGGGGCUAAUGAACAAAAUUGGGAUUGACGAAUCACAAUUGUUUCUGCGACAUGUGUCAUUCAUUGCGGAGUACGUCAAGAAUAAAUACAAAGUUCAACCUUUAAUGUGGGAUGAUGAAUUUCGAAAGCUGGAUGAAGUUUCUAUCCAAAAGUCUGGAAUAGGAAACUUGGUCGAAAUUGUUGUGUGGAACUAUAAUCCAGAUAUUGAAAACCAUUUACCUCGGACAAUGUGGGAAAAAUAUUCUCGUAUCUUUAAAUCCGUUUGGGUUGGUAGUGCUUUCAAGGGUGCCAAUAAGCCAAACUCUGCCGUCGUGAACGAAACCUUAUAUCUCGGAAACCACUACGCAUGGCUUAGAACGAUGCAAGACUUUGAAAAACUGUUGACAUUUAAGGGCAUAAUUCUAACCGGUUGGCAGAGAUAUGAUCACUUUUCCGGUUUUUGCGAACUAUUACCCAGUGCAAUCCCUUCAUUGGCAGCAUGUAUGACACUCUUAACUGCGCCUACUAUCCAGCCGAUGAGCAAAAUCCUUAUGGAGACUUCAUUGAAAUUGCAUUGUGCAAAUUUUUUAAAUAUUUGCAAAUUUCCUGGGUCCAUACUCCACCAAGAAAUUAUCCAACUUGAAUUUUAUAAGGAAAGCUUUAAGAAGCUGAAAGAAAAACACGUGUUUUUGGGAUGGGCAGAGGAAUCAAAUUUGCGACACCGUUUUUCAAGUCCUUCUCACAUCGAACUUAUCUUCCAAGAAAUCAAUUCCAUAAAAGUGGACCUUGACCGAUCUCGAGUGACUCUAGUUCAGGCCUUGCAGGAAUUGUAUCCCCAGUGGUCCGUUGAUGAGUGGAUGUCAUCCAGAUUUGAGCCAUUCUUUAAUAAAGUCCAACAUGUUCACACUGGUCUGACAAACAUACUGGAGAUGAAUACAUUCCCCCGCAGGCCGCUGGAAAACCAAGUACAAGACCUUUAGCAGCAUAUAUACAUCCUACCGUUUUAUUCAUAUAUAGGAUGAAACCCCGAACCCCAACCCUGCAACUAAUUCUGAACAAUGGAUUUCCUUCAACGAACCUAAAUGAUGCAUGCCAAAUUAGAGGCAGGACUAUUAAGGAAUCGAUUGUAGAAACUAAUGGGACUUGUUCCGACGACAAAUAACUUAAAUGAUGCAUACCGGGCAAUAAAGUGAUAACACUCGUCAAAUGUAUACAUACGUUUCUGUAUUUGCUAAUUUUAAUUGUAUGAAAUAUAUACAAAGUUUUAAGUUUCUUAAA